AUGUUCGGGGCUGGCAGCCUGGCAGCCGCGGGGCGGGGGUCCCUGCCACCCCUCCCCAGCACUCCCCCCAAACCGAUCGGCUUCGCCUACAACGAGAGGGUGGCAGCGGCCCUGCUCCCCAGUCUCAUUAUCCUGGCCGGAUUUGAUGGAGGGUCCAUGGCGUCCAUCCUCAUGGUGGGGGGCAUGGCGGUGUACAUCCUGGACACCCUGAGGCAGAAGGAGAUGGCCUUUGGCGUGGCCUGGGCCACCCUAGGCCUCGCCCUCCUGGCCGCCGCGUCGGGGAAACUCUUCCUGGCCAGCGAAAUGCCGGGCAUCCUCGCCGCCCUCGUCUUGCUCAUCACUGCAGCGUGCCUGGCCCUCACGGGCCUCUGGAUCUCCAUCCAGUUCCGCUGGAUCCAGCUGCAGUACCCCGUGGUGGUCGCCGGCUUUGAGAAGACGCUCAUUGGCGGCAGCUUCCCCGUGGCGGCCGCAGUGCAGUCCUGGGCGCUGACCGUCGCGGCGGGGGUGGAUGCUGCGCCCUUCCUCCUUGUGGCCCUGCUGUGCACGCUGUACCACCUGCUGGCCCUGCCCCUGGAGCCCAGCCUGGCGCCGCGCGGGCGAGGUGGGUGGGGGGACCCGGGGGAGGGCGCGGCGGCCUUCUUCCUGGUGGCCACGCUGCCUGCGGGCAUGUACGCAGUGGCGGAGGCGGCGGACCUGGCGCACUGGGUGCACGCCUGGAGCCUGCUGCUCCUGGCCUCGCUCCCGCUCCUGGCGGUGGCCUGCAUGCCGCGCGGCCUCUGGUGGCUGGGCGCCGGCGAGCGCGUACGCCGCCUGCGCGCCGGGCUGCUCCUCGCCUCACUGGCGGCGGCGCUGGCGGGGCUGGAGGCGCGCGUGGUCUUCCGCUCCUACGCGCAGUACCUGCGCCUGCCCCCGCCCUGGAGCUACCUGGCGGUGACGGUCGCGGUGUACGGCGCCGCCGCCCUGCUCCUGCUCCACGCGGUGGGGGCGCUGGAGCCUGAGGUGGAGCGCGCGAUGGCGGGGCCAGUGCUGGUGGUGGGCGCGGCGGUCGGCGCGCUGGCGCUGGGCCUGCCGCUCUGGGUCAUGCCCGCGCCGCUGGCUGCGGCGGCGGGGCUGGCAGGGUGGGCCGAGACGCGGCGGGCGGGCGACUACGGGGUGUUCGUCCUGGGCACGCUCCUGGCCGCGGCCUGGUUCCUGCACCACCACUUCUGGUUCCUGGAGCGCGCGCCCGCCACCUGGCUCAUGGCCUGCCUGUACGCGUCCAAGGCCGCGCUCCUGGUCCUGCCCCGCGCCCGCCUGCUGGGGCCGGUGCCUAGGCCUGGCCCUGGCCGCAACACCGCCGCUCCUCCUGUUCGAGGGGGGGCCCGGCGCAACGCUCGGCCCCCGCCCGGGGUCACGGCCCUGCUGGCGGCGGGGUGCGUCGCGGCGGUGGCGCUGGCGCGGUUCGCCGUGUUUGACGUGCUGCGCGCGCUGGGCCGCCGCCGACCAGGCGAGGCGGCGCUGUUGGGCGCCCUGCUUCUGCUCCUCUGCGCCUGCCUGGCGCCCCUCCACGCGCCCAGCGCGCCCCUGCUCCAGGCGAUCAUCGUGCUGUCCUUCCUGGCCCUGGCCGGCGUGAUGGUGGCGCUGAGCGCGCCGCCCCGAGCCGCGCCGGCUGGGGCGUUUCUGGCGGGCGACGAGAGCAGCGGCGCCCCCACGGCCUGGCCCGCUGCGCCGCUCCUGGCCGCGCUCUGGUCGCUGGGCUUCCCCCUGGCCCUGCUGGCGGCCGUCGCUGCAGGGCAGCGCCCCGUGCCGGAGCGCAUGGCCGCCGCCGCCGCGCGCCUCUUCCCCGACUCGGCCCGCGACGCGGCAGCGGAGCGCGCGAUGGCGCUCCAGGCCGCCGUGCUCGCCGCCUGGGCCGCGCAGGCGGCGGUGCUGGCGCUGGCGCUGAAGCUGCGAGGCGCGCGCGGUUGGGGCGACGCCGUGCGCGCAGCGCGCGACCUGGCGGGCGGCGCGGCCCUGCUCGCGCCCCAGGCCUGGGCGCUGGCAGGGCUGGGCAGCGAGAAAGCGCAGCCGCUGGGCAGAGCCGCGCUCGCUGCCCUGCUGGGCCUGUGCCUGGGAGGGGGCCUGCUGGCACGGUCAGGGGAGCUGAAGGCCCUGGGGGCGGGGACGGCGGUGGUCCUGGGCCUGCAGGCGGCAGAGGCAAGCAGGGCGCGGGCCGCGCUGCAUGCUGCGAUCUGA